CAGCGCUGAUGGGCUGGACUGGGGUAUCGUGCCAGCGCGGGAUCACAUGACGCCGCCUCCGAUACCUUGGUUGCCGACUGCCCACCAUCCCUCAGAUGCCGCAUACUCACGACUGCGGGGUUAUCUACCCCACAGAUGAAAUAACACCCUCGUCUCUCCCUCUAAUCUCACACAGCGACUACACCAUGACAGGCAACGUCACCCGCAAGCCCAAUGGCAAAGUCGCGAUCGUGACGGGUGCUGCACAGGGAAUCGGCGCCGCGAUCGCGACCCGGCUAGCUCACGACGGCUUCGACGUGGUCAUUGCAGACCUAAAGAGCGCGGACGCCAAAGCGACGGCGGUAGCGAAGACGUGCGAGGCGGCAGGUGCGCGGGCUGCUGUAAUCCCCGUCGACGUGCGAUCCGAGGAGGACGUAGGAGCACUGGUCGCGGCAACGGUGGAACAGUUGGGCCGCGUGGACGUAAUGGUCGCCAACGCCGGCAUUGGGCCACCCGUCGACUUCCUCGAAACGACGACCCGGACCAUGAACGAUCUGUGGGAGAUCAACAUCCGUGGUGUCAUGUACUGCUACCAGGCGGCGGCGCGGCAGAUGAUCAAGCAAGGCGACGGCGGACGGCUUAUCGCCGCGUCAAGUAUUGCGGGUCUCACCGGGUUUCCGCAGCUGGGCAUGUAUUCUGCCUCUAAGUUUGCUGUGCGCGGACUGAACCAGUGCGCCGCCGCUGAACUGGGGAAGUACGGCAUCACGUGCAACACGUACAACCCGGGUGUCGUGCAGACCGACAUGUGGACGGGGCUCGACAAGUUCUACUCCGGCAGGGCAGGUGCGCCAGACGGCUCCGCACUGGCUGCUCAAGCUGCUGCCAACCCCAUGCGCCGGAAUACGGAUGCAGCAGAGGUCGCCAACUCUGUAUCAUUCCUUGCUGGUCCAAAUUCAGCCUACGUAUCGGGAGCGAGUCUGUGUAUUUCGGGCGGCCAACAGAUGCACUAAGCGGUGGGGAAAAUGCAGAAAUAACCAUGGG